AGAAGAACGCUCUUCUUCGUUUGUUUUUCCGGAAAGAGAUGUGUUUUGACAGUGAACAUUUUGUGUAUUUAUUGAGUGCACGACAGCGAGUAGUGCAUUUUAAUUCCAGAAAUGUUGUCUGUCAACUCUUUGAGGAUUGUUGGCUCAUCCCGGGCUGUACUGCACCCAAGCUGGCUAACCACCAACCGAUUGCUUGUUUCUAAAGCUGUUACAUGUACAGCUUACAGUAUGUCUACCAGCCUCCACAGGAGGGGCACAUGGCACAGCAACAUGAACUUCAGAGUACUCAGAAAGGAGAGAGAGCUGUUUUACUUCACUAAUCAAUCCGCUUCACCCAGGAAUUGCUGCACAAGUCAAAUUAAAUUGAACUGCUGGAACUGUAAGCAUCUUCUUGACAAAAGACCUGCAUUUUUCUGCGUGUCAUGCAAAGCAGUGCAGCCCCCUGUAGAAGGGACAUCCUACUUCAAGAUCAUGGAUUGUGACUACACAUUCACACUGGACACACAAAAGCUGCAGAAAACAUACUUGCAGCUCCAGCGGUCUCUUCAUCCAGACAACUUCAGCCAGAAAUCUGUGAAAGAACAGGAGUAUUCAGAAAGCCAGUCUGCACUCAUUAACAAAGCAUACAACACUCUGCUUAAGCCUUUGAGUCGUGGUCUUUAUAUGCUGGAACUAGAGGGAAUGAAUAUAGAAGAGGGCACAGACUCUGGAGCUGAUUCAAAUUUUCUAAUGAAGCUGAUGGAGAUUAAUGAAUCCCUCGAUGAAGCGCAGAGUCCAGAAGAGGCCAUUAUGAUUGGCCGAGAUAUAAAAGGAAAACUGGCAGACUUGACAGUGCAUAUAGAUGCUGCUCUUCGUAAAGGAGAGCUACAGGCCGCCAAAGCAAUACUUGUCCAAAUGAAAUACUAUGCAAACAUUGAAGAGAAAGUAAAGGAAAAACUUUCAGAAUUCCUGUAGUUUUCUCACUAUUUAAACCACUUUAUGAAACGUUUUUGACACUUUAAAAUGUUCUGUAUAGAAUUGCACAAUCUAUUGUACAUUUUGGGAGCAUGUAAUGUUAUUUUUAAAGCUGAAUAAUAAAACUUUACUUGUAAUGCAUUAUCUACAGUUGCAUUAAUGGUAAUAAUUGCUUUUUUUCAAAUUAAAAACUAUAGAUAUGUGUCUGUAAUUGGAUGAGUACAGUAUCUCCCUUGAAUUCCACUAAUUUCACAAGCCUAAUCGUAUCAACUUGUACCUAAUGUGUCAUUAAAUGUGACAGAGAUCUA